CGUAACAGUCUACAAUCUUGCAUUAAAAAUGUUGUUUCUCUUUCUUGGUACAUUAACUAUCAUCGUUCAAGUGCACUGUGAUCUGCUUUCAACUAUAUAUGCAUCCAGGCAGAGUAAUAUAAUACUCCAUCCAAACAGCCCCAAAGAAAUAACACAUGAUGAAUUUUCCUGGUAUUACAAAAAUAUGAAAAAAGAAAAAAGAAUUCAUGAAGUCACUAAAAGCUGUACAGAAGAUGUGUCCUCUACAUUUGCUAUGAAAAUUAACUUCAAGUGUUCCACUUAUUCUUUGCAGUUGACAAACUUAAGCAAAGAAGACAGUGGAAACUAUACUGCAAUAUACAGGAACCACUCUAUAAUGGUUCAAAGAAUUGUUUAUCAACUUGUUGUUCAAGAUCCUGUCAGAAAUCUUACUCUAGUCUUUGAUGAACACUUCAGAUGCAACUUCAUGCUGAAUUGCUCAGUUCAUUCUGGCACUGAUUACACUCUAAAGUUACAAAUAAAUGGGAAGAUUAUGUCCACAUCUACUGGAACAUAUUUGAAAUAUUUACACUCUCUCAGCCCUGGCAACAAAUCUUCUGCUGUUUGUACUGCAGUAAAUAAAGUCAACAACAUUACCAGAAAUAUCAGUCUAAAAUGCAAUCAAGAAAAUCUUCAAGGGUCCAUUCUUUAUAUGUUGAUGACAGUCAUGCCUAUCCUGUUGUACAAUCUUUAAUUAAUAAUACUACCUAAAGUCAAAAUAAGGCGUAUCAAGGUGUUACUCUGCAAAGUUACCAAUGAGAAAUAUUCUUGUUACCUUCAUAUUUAAUAGUAUCUCGGUGCAUUUAAAAUACAGGUAGAUUUUUUUUUGUUUAUUUGACCUGCCUAAUUUUUAUAUAUGCAAAUUAUAAAUACAUAAGUGUUACCACUUAUCCAUUGUUAUAAAUGCUUGAGAGUACUGUAUAAUAAAUUGAACAGACAGAAACCCUCAUAACAGGAAUUAAAUGAAAGGAUAUCCUUUGACAGACAGAAUGUAUUGUGACUGUAUUGUACAUUAUAAAAUCUGUAUUUCCAUGAAUAAUGACAACAGCAUGGUAUUCAUGUGCCAGGAUGCCAUUGUAUUUUUCACAUUCUCCAAAGUGUUUGCACUUCCUCCCACAUCUUAAAAGAUACACACGUUAAGGCUUUGGGCUGCUCCAAACAGGCCUAUCUCAGUAUGAAAGCUCUUGUGAGAAUGGGCACAGACUAUCAUGGACUAACAUCCAGUUUAGCAGCAUUUCUUGCUUUGUCCCACUGCUGCCAGGAUAAGCUGUAUUUCUUACCAUGGAACUUUAUUUAAAUGAGGACAACAACAAGUUAAAGAUUUGGGGUGACACUGCAACCUUGUAUAGUGUAAAAAUACAAAAUAAAUAAUACUUUUCAGCAAAAGAACAUCUCUGUAGAAGCAAGUCUGAGAUUAGACUGUCGAAGAUAGCAACAAAUCCAGUUAAAUAAAACCAAGUGGAUGGAUACCAGAAGUCACGUAAGAGGUGGUGAGGAUGCCAAUCAUCUGGGGCCUCAUACAUAAACGGUGCGUACGCACAGAAAUGUUGCAUAAGAACAUUUCCACAUUCAA